AUGGAGAUUUCAUUUCAGAGACAUUGGAACGACAAGUACAGCAACAGUGAACAAGAAAAACUGGGCUGGUACGAACGGGUCCCUCAGCCUUCUCUGGACCUCAUCCAAGAGUGCCAAGUUGACAAGUCUUGUCGGGUCCUGGAUGUUGGUUCCGGGUCUUCAGUGUUGAUCGACUACCUUCUUGAGGCCGGAUACACCAACCUUACUGCUGUGGACAUCAGCGAAGCAGCGCUCGACAUCACUCGUCAACGCGUUGGGCAGAAAGGAGUCGGUCGGGUGGACUUUGUAGUGGAUGACCUGACACAUCCAACAAAGAUGAAGGACAUCCAGGAUGUCAUGAUCUGGCAUGAUCGAGCUGUGCUGCACUUCUUUGUUAAGGAGGAAGACCGUGAACAGUAUCGUAAGGUUCUUGACAGCUCCCUGAUGAAAGGAGGAUUCGCGAUAAUUUCCACUUUUGCCAUUGGCGGAAUCACCAAGUGUAGUGGGCUUGACGUCAAACAGUACUCGCCAUCUUCCCUUUCAGAGUUUCUUGGCAAGGACUAUGCGCUAUUGAAGUCACACGACUUCACGUACAUGACUACCUGGGGACAGGAAAGACCGUUCAUUUACUGUAUCUUCAAAAAGCUUGUUUGA